AUGUACUUUCCGCCCAAGACAGCAAACAGUCAGAGCGCGCAAAGUGACAAGGUGACAGGUGACAAGGUGACAGGUGACAAGGUGACAGGUGACAAGUGGCGGCGGGGGUUGGGUGUGGGAAUUGCGACGUUUUCAGCACAGCAACCAAGUUCCAGUUGUCACUUGUCACCAGCCACCAGCCACCAGCGAUCCCCCUCCCCCUCCAUCACACCUGCGCCAUUGUUCUCUUGCGACAACGCGCUGCACGUACCUAGGCGCCAGCCAAGCCCAGGCAAGACCAGCCAACAUCCAAAGGUCAAGCCAAGUUUGACAGCCAGACCCACCAGCGCCACCCUCGGCAGCAAACCUGGGGUGCAUCGCAUCGUACCUGUCUCGACACCCGUCAUCCCACGGAACAUACCGUCUGCCUCGUGUGCUCGCCCACCGUUCGCUCAAAACCCCCCCGCCCCAGCCAGCAGCAUGGCGACAAAGAGGCCCUCGGACGAGGAGCUGCCUCUUGCCGUCCACAAGAUCCAGCGCAUUGAGCAGGCUGGCCCCCCAAGUCCCCAUCAGCAUCCGCGCCAACCGAACAACGAUUUCUCUGGCUCGGUCAAGAGGAAACUAGCCGAUUCCAAGCGGACAGGUCAAGCCUGUGACCGAUGCAAGGUUCGCAAAAUACGCUGCGAUGGACGACCCGAAGGCUGCACGCCAUGCGAGCAAAAUAGAUCGCCAUGUCGCACAACCGAUCGCAUCACCGGGCGCGCCACGGUGCGCGGCCACGCAGAGGCCAUGGAGUCGGAGAACUCAUACCUGCGCAACCACAUCGCAGACUUGCAGGCACAGCUGAGAGAGCUGGGUGUAGAGCCGCGAGCCCCGCCCACCUACACAGCGCCACAACCACCCAGCCAUCCGUGGUCUUCCCAUCCGUCCGACACCCAGACCUGGCCAGAGGCCCCGCGCAAGACCAGCGCCUCUCCUCUGCCGGGCUAUGCGCCCGCCGGCACCGCCGUCAAGAGCGAGUUCCAGCCGCUGCCCCAGUUCAAGCUUCACUCGAUUGGCGACAACUAUCUGGGAGUCGCCGCCGACGAUAGCCUGCUCAGCCAUAUCAAAGGCACCUCGCUCUCCGUCUUUGGCACCGAAAUCGACAUCACCGACCACAUGGCCAGCGAGGCCGAGUACGAAGAUUCACCCAUGUCCUACUCUACUUUGGUCCAUAUAACCCUGGGAGGACGGGCUGUGAAGAAUCCUGGCUUGCCUGCCUAUGAUACCCUCAGGGAGUACGCCAUAUGGUACUUGCGAUCCCUCAAUCCCUACACCAUGCUCGUUCACAAGCCGGCCUUUAUGGAAUUGGUCUGGAGAUUUGGUAAUGAUGCCAACUUCACACCAACGGCUGCCGAGAUCAUCGUGGUGCAUAUGAUGCUUGCCACGAUCCAAUAUCAAAUCGCAACUCGAAACAGUCAGCAGAGCGCGUUGGCAGAGGAAUCGCAUACACACUAUCACUACGCCCUGAGCUUCUACAAGGACAUUCUUCUGAAAAAGCACACGUGGCAGUGCAUUCAGGCUCUGACCAUGAUUUGCAACCACCUGCGCAAUUUUCCCAAGCCUGGUGCUGCAUGGAUCAUGACCUCCAUUACCCAUUUGUACGCCAUUGAACUCGGUCUCCAUCGGUCCGUCAAGGCGUGGGGUAAGCAAGAGGCCAUGUCCAAACUGGAUAUAGAGAUGCGAAAACGAGUCUUCUGGACCUUGCAUGCACUCCAGGUCAAUCUCAAUGGCAGACUGGGAAGGCCAAUGCCUCUAAGCCUCGAGGAUAUUGACGUCGAAUACCCCGAGCCCAUGAACGACUGCCUUCCCGGCGAAGAGGCAAAACUGGAUCCAGCCCACCAUUGCUCUUUUCAGGUGGGCAUACAAGUCGCCAAAUACUCCUCUCUGGAAUUGGAGCUCUACAAGACCAUUUAUGCUGUGCGACACUCACCACACAGCUAUGUUGACAACCUCAAGAGGCUCGAAGCCAAGGUUCAGCAAUGGAAAGACGAGAUCCCCCAUCAGCUUCGCGACCCAUCACAGGCAUCUGUGGAUGAUCACAUCUUUGCUCUAUAUCUAGAAUAUUGGCACCAGGCCUACCACCUCCUGCUCCACCAUCCCGCUGUGUGCCGAUCGACCGAUCCAGCCGUACUCAGUUCAAACUUGGAUAAAUGUAUGGAGGCUUCACAGAAGAUGCUGCACAAUUGCACCGAGAUGAUGCACAUGAAGAGCCUGGACAUACCCUGGAUCAACACGGUGGUCUACAUUGCCGCAGCUUUUACAACGCUAUUCAUCUCCUCGAUGCGAAAAGACCAGCUCUCGCCUGUUGACAUGACCAAGUUAAAGGCCGAUAUGGCUACGUGGGUGGAUGUCAUUGGCGAGUGCGACCAAUUCUUGGGAUCCGCAGGUAAGCUCAGGGGUGCGAUAUCUGACAUCAUCAACCAAUCGCUGGGAACGAUCAAUGAUAGCAUCGUCAAACGUACAGCUACAGAAUCGCUAGCCCGUGUUGCCAUGCAAACUCCACAAAAUCUGGCCACCCAAAAUUCGAGUAGUGCACCCUCGGCAUACGAUAACAGCAUGUACCGUGAUCAAUAUUCGAGAACAACAAGUGGGCCGACUGACUCUGUACUCACAUCUCAUACAACUUGUCCGAGUAUGAGCGGUGGAUCAGCACACCCGUACAAUCUUGGGACACCCAACGCCACGCCACAGCAGUCCACCAACCCCUUUGACCAGCAAGCCUACCCGGUUCCCGACGAGACCGGCAUGACAUCCAACCACGUCGCCGCUCUCGCAGCUGCCACAUCGAACAACACGUCGCAACCGUCCAGCAACGGAUACGCGUAUGCGCACACGCAAACCGCCGACCACACCCACCAACCAGCCUACUCGGCCAAUGGCUUCACACCCCAAGAUUGGCGCUCCUGGGGCCGCACCUAUACCCAGCAAAUCAGCCACCCAGGCGACUACCUCAACACGGCCACGACUCUGAUGACGCUGGGCCGCGAAUCUGCAGGAUCGCAGAGUUCGCCCGGUGAGGCGCAGGGCCUGGUGGAUGGGUCGGGGGUCUCGGUGGGGCAUGGCGGUGGACCUCAGUGGCCGACGAUUCAGUUUUCGGGGCAGGCGAAUGGGCAUUUGGGAUGA